AUGGUAAAAAUUAGUGAGAACUUAACUACAAUUAUCCCUAAAAUAAUGACCAAGGAUGUGCGGAUUAAGUACAGUGCAUUUGGUAGAGAGAUGAAUGGCAUUAAAAAAUUAAAUUUUUCAGAGAAUAACACAUACAAGUAUUUACUAGAAGUGCUUGUGAACAAAUUUCCUGAAGUAAGAGAGAAAGAGUUUUCUAGUAAUCUUAGUCGUUGGUUUUCUGGAGCCAAGGACAGGGAUGGAGGAAAAAAAGAAAGAAUGGCUAAGAAAACCAUAACAUUAUCUAACUCUAACAUAACUUAA